GUUAGUUUCCUGCUUCCUAAGGCAGCUGGAUGUGAGGACAAGAGGAGACAGCGCAGGAUGAAGGGGAAAAACUGACAGUGACUUCACUGUGUCCUCAUACAGAGGGGGUACUGUGCCCGCUGGACCCCCACCACCCAUGGCACCGGUCUGCAGAAGAAAGAUCCCCUUCAAUGAGCCCCCCAUUGACACAUAAGGAGGGCUUUUAUCUUCUUUUUAUUUUAUUAUUUUGUUGCCUUUGAUUGACAGAUCCGGACACAAGGGGGGUCGUCGGCUUCUUCUUCUUCUCCAGGAUGAGCGAAGGAGAGGUGGUCCACGCCGGCUGGCUCCGAAAAUCCCCUCCGGAGAAAAAGUUGAGGAGAUAUGCGUGGAAGAAACGCUGGUUCAUCCUGAGAAGUGGACGCAUGAGCGGCGAUCCCGAUGUCCUGGAAUAUUACAAGAAUGACCACUCCAAGAGACCCAUCCGGGUCAUCAACCUCAGCUGCUGUGAACAGGUGGACUCUGGGCUGACCUUCAACAAGAAGGAACUCCAGGACAGCUACGUCUUCGACAUAAAAACCAGCGACCGGACGUUCUACCUGGUGGCGGAAACGGAAGAAGAAAUGAAUAAGUGGGUUCGUAGCAUAUGUCAGAUCUGUGGAUUUAACCAGUCUGAUGAAAGCUCAGACUCCUUAAGAAAUAUGCAGUCUGCGAAUCAUGGUCCACGGUCCUCCCCUGCGGAAUUCAGCUCCACCCACCACUUACUCAGGGAACGAAAGUCGUCAGUUCCCUCCCACUCCAGCCAGCCCACCCUGUUCACCUUUGAACCUUCAUCAAACCACAUGCAUCAGACUACGCUCUCCGCUAGUGCCCCACAGGAUUACUUAUUCCUUCACCAAUGUAUGAGCCGGAAAUCUGAGAAUAUGAGAAGUGCCAGUUUUUCUCAAGCCACGCGGUCCUCCUUCUUCAUGCGUAGUGAUACGGCUGUUCAGAAGUUGGCUCAGGGUUACGGACACUGUUUGAACGGAGUGACUGGUCAGGUCCAUGGCUUCUACAGUUUACCAAAACCAAGACGCCUCAGCUCCGAGCUAAGGGAUAGCGCCUAUGAUCUCCCCAGGAGCUUCGGCUCAGACACUCCAACCAAGUCAAGCCUUACUGGACUAGAAUCUGAGAACGAGGACGUUUACACCUACAAGACUCCUAGCAAUGCCCUGUGUAAAGAGUUCAGUGAACUCUCGACGGACGCUUAUGACCUCCCAGGAACUCCUCUUUCGGUUUAUCAAAUUCCGAGGACUUUUACCUUGGACAAGAACCAUAAUGCAUUAGGUUUGGCUUCCAAUGACUUCCACAAUGCUCCUCCUCCACGACCCCCUAAACCGGGUCAACCAGAAACUCGCUGGGGAAGUCCUCAGCAGAAUAAUGGAGAUAAUAUAGGCGUCGUGUCUGUCAACAUUCCAAGGAGAAACACCCUGCCAGCCAUGGAAAACCGACGUCAUCGAGCCUCCUCCUGUGAAGCCUAUGACUAUCCUCACCUUGGAGAUUUCAGCACGGAGCAGUCUGUAGAGUCAAUCAACGACGGGUUCAACUCGUACCUUCAAACAAAAGGCUCCAUGACGCGCUCAGAGAGUGCAGAUUCUGAAGACAACUACGUGCCCAUGAACCCCGGGUCUUCAGCUCAGUUCAUUUCUGAGAAGCUGAACGAUGAUGCCCAGAGCGUAUAUAUUCCCAUGAGCCCGGGGCCUCACCACUUCGAUCUCAUGGGCUUCUCUUCAGCCACUCUUCCUGCCCGCAAAGGAAGUACGGCCUCCCUGUGCCAGCGGCCUACCAGAGUCAGCGACAUCCAGCCCCCACCAGUCAACCGAAACCUGAAGCCAGAUAGGAAAGCUAAACCGACCCCUCUGGACCUGCGGGCGACAACCAUAAUCGAUGAACUUCCCUUCAAGUCUCCAGUCACGAAAUCCUGGUGCAGACAGACGCAUUCUCUCAAAUCCGGCUCAUCUCAGUACUGCCGCCCGGUGUCCACACAAAGCAUUACCAGCACCAGCUCCGGGGACAGUGAGGAGAAUUAUGUCGCCAUGCAAAAUCCAGUGUCAGCCUCUCCCGGAACCAGUGGUACUAACAGUCCGGCCCAAAAGAAGAGCACCGGGAGUGUGGAUUAUCUGGCGCUAGAUUUCCAGGAGGUGUCACCGAGCCCACAUCGGAAGCCCUCUACGUCUUCUGUAGCGUCCGACGAAAAGGUGGACUAUGUACAAGUAGACAAAGAAAAGACCCAGGCCCUGCAGAACACUAUGCAGGAGUGGACAGAUGUGCGCCAAUCUUCGGAGCCCGCCAAGAGCGCCAAGCCAUGACGGCUCUGCCCCCCCGCAGACGUUUCUUCGUUGUGGCCAACAGUACCGGACCACCGCCAUGCUGCUUGUUCUGCCUAUACCAGUUAACAUUAUGGGGGGGGGGGGGGCGGCAUUUUGUGGGAGGAGCUUUCCUACGCACAGAUCCACGCUGGCGACUUCUUUAUGGGGCUUGGACACUUUCUAGGUUACUUAUAACCCAGUGGUCCGCAGGUUGAAGACCACUGCUAUAACCCAUGCUUCGGCCCAGUCCUCCAUUCACACAGUACUGAGUAUUAUACACUGACUUUUCAACGUGCACUAGCCACGCCCAGGCCGCCAUAUUGAAAACUAAGCCGACUCCUAGAAAUGAUGCCACUGGGUUGCGGCCGUUUCCGUUAUGCGACGUUCCAGAGCUUGCUGGACGUAUGCUAAUAUAUAGAGCAAGAGGCGGGCUUCCUUCAUACCGGGAUCAAUCUGUCUAUAGUACAUGCUCAUGUAUACAGUUUAGAUACGUUUGUUUUUUUUUAGUUUUUUUUAGCCGUGCCUUUAAACCGCCACAUAGUAACAUCUUACUUGUGAUAAUAGCGCAAAAAUGGUGAACAUUUCGGUAAACUGGUGCCCGGAGUCAUAGGUAAUACAUAGAAUAGUCUACUUGUGGUAUUGCAGCUCAGUUCCAUUGUAGUGAAUGGAGUCGUGCUGCAAUACCACACACGACCUGAGGACAGGGGUGGGGCUGUUUUUUUAAGAAAGUACCGUAUAUACUCGAGUAUAAGCCGACCCGAAUACAAGCCGAGGCCCCUAAUUUCACCCCAAAAACCCAGGAAAAGUUACUGACUCGACUGUAAGCCUAGGGUGGGAAAUACAUCAACCCCCCAUGUAAUCAUCCAGAGCCCCGUCAUCAUCCCACCCCCUGCAUCAUCACCGCCUGUCAAUCCCUUCAUUAGUGGUCUUCAACCUGUGGACCUCCAGAU